AUGGCAAGUAUGAUGAGAGCAAUAUUCAUAAUAUUUUGUUUUCCCAUUGCUUAUUCUCAAAUGGUUAUGGAACCAUUACUUCCACUUAAAAAGCUCCAACUUCCUUCAGGAACAGUAGGCCCUGAAGCCAUCGCUUUUGAUAUUUUAGGCAACGGACCAUACACAAGUGUGGCCGAUGGCAGGGUACUCAAAUACCAAGGCCCACGUAUUGGCUUCACCGAUUUUGCUACCACAUCACCAUUAAGGACAAAGGAGGUAUGUGAUGGGAAAAAUGACCCAAAUUUACUAAUUAAAUGUGGAAGACCCCUUGGCAUUGGGUUUUACUAUAGAAGUGGUGACCUCUACAUAGCUGACAUCAAUUAUGGGCUCUUGGUUGUUGGACGAAACGGAGGCCCUGCUAGACAACUUGUUACGGGCAUAGAUGGCAACCCUUUUGCCUUUACAAACGCUGUAGACAUCGAUCAAUUAAAUGGAGUCGUCUAUUUUACAGAUUCAGGAUCAAUAUUCCGCGCCACCAGUAACAUAACUUUACUCCUUGAAAGCAAAGAUACAACAGGGAGAUUAUUCAAGUAUGACAUAAGAACAAAUCAGGUCACAUUACUUCUAAGUGGACUAGCAGGGCCAGCAGGAGUAGCAGUCAGUUUAGAUGGUUCAUAUGUCCUUGUCACAGAAUUAAUAGCCAACAGAAUCAAGAGAUUUUGGAUCAGAGGCAGAAAAGCUAAUACAGCAGAAGUAUUUACAAACUUGAAUGGAUAUCCAGAUAAUAUUAAGAGGACAAUCUUAGGGGACUAUUUUGUGGCUGUAAACGUUGUGAACAAUCAAUCAAUGACUCCACCAAAAUUUUCGUUUGCACAAAGGAUUAAUGUGCUUGGGAAUGUUAUCGUUUCGCUGAAUCUUUCGGCUCAGUAUCGUGAUUCCAUAAGUGAAGUUCAAGAACAAUUUGGUAGACUCUAUAUAGGGUCUUUAAAGGAAGACUUUGUUGGUGUUUAUGGAGUUUGAAGUCUUAAGGAAGUCCAAGCACUUUUGCUUUAGAACC